AUGGAGUACUCACGGCAGGAAGCGUUUAAAAAGCUUCGGGAGCCAUGCGUUGAGCUCAGCUCAGUCGGUCUUAGCUACCGUGGCCACCAGUCGUCCUCGAACGAUGUUUUCCGGGUUCUUCAGCCAGUGCAUGAUGUCCUGAAUGAACUCUCAAGCAAAGGUGCACUAGACGAGAAGCUAGCAGAAUAUGCAUUCUUUCCGCUGUCUCAUAUAUUCAAUGAGACUCAGAGAGUUCCGGCUAAUUGCUUGGAAUUGGCUGUCAAUUGCUUGCGGAUAUUGAUUGCUAACGGAUGGCGAGAACGCUUAUCACCGCAAAUGGGCAAGCAGCUUAUGAUAUUGCUCACGUUAAUUGUCGGGGGUCCUCCAAGUAAGACCCUCGGCAAUCAGCAAACACAGACCAAACCAGCGGAAUUAUCUAUUGCUGGCUUCGACUGCCUUUCAGCAAUCUUUGAUGUAAUGGAGGGGCCUGUGGCGCAAAGGACAAUUUACAAUGAGAUCGGCACAGCGACUGUUGUCGACCAAACUGUGUAUGUCUUGCUAGAAGGGAUAGCAGAUAGUACAUCUGAUGACCUCUGCGUUUCUGCGGCAAAGGCCCUCCAAGCUCUUUACUGUCGCAUCACAGAUCGGGUGGUACUGGCGAGCAUAAUGCCAAGGACUGUCUCGACGCUCACUAAAGUCAUCAAGCCAACAAUCCAAGUACGACGGUCUUACAAGCUGCUUUCUGCAUGCGUCAAGGUCCUCACACACAUGAUUGAAAUGGUCCUAAAUGAUCAGGUAGCAAGUAUUGCAGAAGAAAAGCCCACUCAGACCCAGAAAAGCGAUGAUGGUCUUGCACUUGAUGAAUCUUGGUUAAAAGCCACGGCUACACAAAUCAAGCUUGCGCUUGCAAAUAUUAUCCAGGUCAGGCGGCAUGAUAGACCUGAAGUACAAGCGGCGCUGUUGGACUUAUGUUCAAUGGUCGUAGAAGAUUGUCGAAGCACGUUACAAGAGUCACUUCCCCUCGUGGUUGAAACUAUGGUCGUGUUAUCUGAUACUGGAGAUGACCAAUCACCUAACAAUGCAUACUCGACUCUUAUGCACCUUGCCACCACUUAUACUGAGGUGCUAGACUCUCUUAAAAAUUCAUUGCAUGCAUGGAUCACUGCUUUCCCAAGAACCAUGCAAAGCAAUGACGAAACGUCAAAACAAUGGGCACUCAAACAGAUAUCGACCGCGUUUCAUAUAUUAUCUCAGAUACAAUCGGGGUCUGAUAUACUCACUACUGGGCUUGCAUCAGGACUAUGUGACAGCGUUUUUGCCGCUAUCAACCAUUCAACUAAUGCACUUCAGCCUUUGAACCCUGAAACGUCGAGUCAAACAUUAGAAGUGCUUCACCAUGGACACCAGUCAGAGUCCUUUCCUCCUGUUAUUCUAGAACAUCGGAGUCAACAGCAAACCCUCAAAGACCUUCGAUCCAUGAUAUUCAGGCUUAAUAGCUCCGGAUCUGGAAGUGACAUUACGCGCUUGGUCAUUAACCGAGUUCACCAAGAGACAGGCAAUUCAAUGAUUGCACCCUUCUGGUUGGCAUUGGAAUGCCUUAAGAGCGGUGCCCAGCUUACCACUUUUGAUGAAUUCAUUUCAUCCGACCUGAUCGACCCUGCAUCGCUGUAUUCCACUAGGGCCAAUAUGAUUGAGGAGCUGUAUUAUAUUUCAUUGCCAAUAUUAAGCGAAUCGCUUCCCGACGAGUCUAAAGACUGGAGGAUCUCAGCUCUUGCUCUAGAAGUAGUCGCACUGCAAGCUCAACAGCUUAACAAAUCAUUCCGACCAGAACUGAUGGAAGCGUUAUACCCUGUUCUCCAGCUUCUAUCAUCACCAAACCAGAACCUUCAAAGGCAUGCCAUGAUCUGUCUUAAUCUACUGACAGAAGCCUGCGCUUAUGAAAACACGAGCAUUAUGAUUAUUGAAAAUGUUGACUACCUUGUGAACUCAGUGGCAUUGAAAUUAAAUACUUUCGAUGUCUCACCAUAUCCGCCACAGGUGUUGUUCAUGAUGGUCAAGCUGUGCGGUGUACGGUUGAUUCCUUAUCUCGACGACCUGGUGGACUCAAUAUUCGGAAUAUUAGACAUGUACCAUGGGUAUCCGAAACUUGUUGAGAUGAUGUUCAAAACUUUGACCGCUAUUGUCGAAGAAGGGACCAAAAGCCCGGCUUUCCUGGCAAUAGACGAUGGCAAGGAUAGCGAAAGAGUUGGACAUCGCAAGAAGCAAUAUAAAAGGCUGCAGAUUUCUACUCUUGCCGAGGACCUGGCUAAUCGAAGAGCGAAACGUGCCAAGCAUAUGGACGAGUUUCCUGAAGCUGACGAGCACGUCUCGCACCCAGAACGGCCGUGGACAACAAAGCCUGAUAAGCCUACUGAACCUGAAGAGGAUAUUGAUGCGCUCUUGAAAAAGGUAGAAGCAGAAUCAGAUGAGCCAUUACCUCCUCCUGACGAACCAGAUGACCAAGAAAAGCCUCUGAGCAAGCCACAUAACCUCUUGUUACAUAUCAUACAAUCUAUCCCUUCGCACCUCUCCUCUCCGUCACCUUACCUUCGUCGGUCAUUGCUCUCUAUCCUAAUCCAGGUAUCACCGAUCCUCUCAGGGCAUGAGAACAGCUUCUUGCCCAUCAUCAAUGAAGUGUGGCCUUCAGUAGCCGCGAGAAUCAGCUUUCCCUCACCUUUCAAUAGCAGCUCCUCAUCAACAGCUCUCAUGACAGGGGAAACACCCCAAUCCUCAAUUAAGACACUCCAAAACAGACCAGACGACGAGUUCGCCUUUCAAGAAGAAAUAUACGUAACAACAACUGCCUGCCUAGCCGUGGAGAGCAUGUGCAAGAGCACCGGCGAUUUCAUGGCCACUCGAAUCGAAAAGGAAUUCCCCCGAUGGGAACGCCUAUACCGCCGCGUAUGGGAAACAGUCCGCCAAGAUGCCGAAAAAGCCAUUCAGAGACGAGCCAAGAGCCGGUCUACUGAGAAACACACAGAUAUACCCUUUUCCCUGUCCCUGGGGCUCUCGCAAUCCCUAUCGCUGAUCACAACAGGGGGUUCCUCAGGUGCACGCGCAUUCACGCCACACCAUAGUCUCUGGCGAGCUCUGAUUUCCCUGUUCAUAACUCUCCUCACUCACGUCCGUCUUCCUUUGUUUAUGGGUGAUCAGAUCUGUGAGUUCCUUGCUGCUUGGAUAGCUCGUUUCGCAGGUCCAGAUUAUUACUUCCACUCGGCUUCCAAUAAAGAAAUCCCGGCUUCCCUCCGCUCGGAAAUCGACUCGGUCAACAACGCAAUCGAGGCAAUGGAAACCUGGAAUGCCGAUUUGACCUGUUUUAUCUUCCAACAGCAAAAGGUGCAGGUGCUUGAUAUCACACCUCGGGAGAAAGCACGUACUAGCCCCAUGAUAAGUGAAGUAUACGAGAACCCCUUGGAAACAUGGUCAUCCCCAGGCAAGAAACUGAAGUUUGCGGCGUUGGCGUUUUGAAUGUAUCACUCAGCAAAUGGGACACGGGGACUCCUGCAUAGACAAAUCUAGAGAAUAUAUCCCUAAAAGAAAUAACGAUUGAAUGAUGUUUUAUCACCCGUGGAAUGUCUGCAUAGUGAUCUAGAAGUACUCAUUACCCAUGCCACAGAAGCCGAUAUGUCGUUCUUAGUAUGCGACCAGAAUAGAGGUUCAACAGUUAAUGGUAUCCCCAUGUCUCCAUAAUAUCAGGGCUCAUUUCUCACGUCAUAAAAACUUGGUUUAAAGCAAUGUUCAAGAUAGUAAAGUAGAGACGAAAGGAGUAAUUGCCUAAUAUAGGUACAUACAAAGAAGGCUUGCUGACAAAGGGGUCUCUUGGUUGUGUGGAGCGACACUGAGGUAGUAUGAGGACUGUGAAACCAAGCCCUAUGUUAUAAAAGGUCUCGACUCAUAGAGAGCUAUAACAAUAAGUGCCCUGCUGGUCUCUUUAGUCAUGCCAUUUUCACUCCUAACAAAUUCGUGCUCUAGUGACAAGUGUAGACGGUGUAAAUAUGCCCUAGUAAUUUAUAAGAGGUACUUAGUAGUACAAGUAUACUGCAUGCAUAGAACGGCGAAUGGGGUAGAACGGCGCUACAAUGCCUGUAGUAACGACUCAGGC